UGGCUUUAAUAUGGAGGGAGGAAGGAAAUCUACGCCUAACUGUUAAAACAGGAGUUCGGCUGCACCGGAUGUCAGGAAACACGCAGUGACAGCAUGGUACUUGUUUGUGUCAAUUGUAUUUUGGCCACUGCACUGGAUCAGGUUUAUCUCAACAAAACGACGACCCCAACUUAGUGGCCUACGCAGUCUGGAGCAUAAUUCUUUCCUGUAGUUUGUCGGUCUGCUUUGCCUCCUACCACGUUGCUGAGAGGCACGACUGCUACCGAAAAUGCUUCCCAAGAACACGACAACGACAGCAAUGGCCAUGCUACCGGAGAAGAGCCUCGCGCUCUGCAGUGGAAAGAAAGAUACUGAAGUGGUUUCCAUGGUCGAGGAUAAAGAUCUCCAGGUCUCUGCUGAUUUCGACCGUGGGCGAACCCGCCGCGCAGUAAUCUGUUCGUGCGCAGUCGUGCUGACGACGCUUAUCCUCGUCGCCGGUGCCCUGGGCGCCGUUGCUAUCGUCAUUACGCAGAGCGACCGGGUUACCACCGUCACCGGCCCUUCUCGCGGGUCUCCUCUCGACAGGAACUCGCUCGCCGAGAUCCCUGCGACGCCACCGCGCGUCAAGAUCGACAACGGCGGUCUCUGGCCGCCGGGGCCCCCGACUCCCGACCGCGUGACCGUAAACGGCAGCAGUGCCGACAGUGACGACGAGGACCUGGUAGUCUCCGGCUCAAGCGGUGAGGGACCCACCCAGUUGGCCAUCUUCAGUGAGCAGAGCGGCAGCGUAGAUUACCUCUCGUCACAGAGACAGUCUUCCUCAGACUCUGUUGUCAGAUAUUUUUCAGACAUGUAUUAUGACAGUUGGUGAUUUUAAUACUAGAAACGCCGGAUUGGUUUUAUUGGAGCCCUGCGUAAAAAAACACAGAAUCCCACACACUGUGCUCAUUGUGUGCUGAAAAGACCAAAUUUUGAUGAACUGUCCGCUCAAACAAACAAAGUCUAACAGAACAAAACAGACAAAACAAAAACCGAAAGGUUUACAGAUUAAAAGCAAUAGGCACCACGGUCGUUUUAGUAUUUUUCUGGAUGUAAAAUUAUAGGAGAGAAUUUGCUCACAAAUGAGUGUCGGUCGAAUGCUCUCUUUUUGACUGUAGAGGCUUUGCGUGGUAGACAUCUUGCAGGGUAGUUCUUUUGCUCAACCGAAAUACCAGCUAUAAAGUUAUGCAUACCCAGUGGAACACAAGCACUGGACAACAAGAUGGCAGCAAGGCAAACCCUCUGUAGCUUAAUCCACAGAUAUUGGCAUGGUAUUGACCAGAAUCAUGCCGUCGUAAAACGAAAUCAACUUUACUUCUAUUGUAGUGGUGUUAUUCAUGGCGGCAUUUUGUAGUCAUGCCACGAAGAAAAUGGCUUUUUAUCAGUUUUAGAGUCAGUACCAAGGAGGUAGGGAACAGGAAAUGUUGUUAGAACCUAACUCUUUCAAUCACAGUUGUCCUAAUGUGUCAUAAACUGCUUUGCUAGCAAACUGACGUAUCGAUAACUUGGUUUUCUGCUCCAGUGUUAUUGUUACUGGUUGUCCACACUUGUAACUAUUGUUGCCUUCAUGCAAAGCAUUCUUCCGCUCGAAAUGACAUUCAAGGAAAUUACCUCAUCCUAUUGUGCAUUAAAAAAAAACAGGAAAAUGAAGUCGGCAGCGUUGGACUCUAUCCAACAUGACACUGGCCACCCGCCAAUUGAUCACAAGAGGGCGCUGUGCUGCUGACUCAAUCAGUCCCAGUGUUUUGGUUUCAAUGAGGGAUUUGUGAUAACUUACUUAGCUACUGUUUGCAACAUUAAAAGAAAAUCAGGAUAUCUAAUUA